GAGUGAAGAGGUGGAGGAAUGACCCACAGAAGUCUGUGACGAGUCUUCAGUACAGACAUCCUUUAACUCUGCUACUCAAAUGAAGACAAACUCAGAGAUGGUCUGUCUAAGAAACUUCAAAAGGUGCAGACCUCCUGAUUGAAGCGUGGUUAAGCUGAUUCAUUUCUUCAUGAUAUUUCUGUUCUCUACAAGGGAGUCAUGAUUACACUCACAGAGUUAAAGUACUUAGCAGAUGCCCAGUCAACCUACCACAUACUGAAGCCAUGGUGGGAUGUCUUCUGGUAUUACAUCACCCUCGUCAUGCUGUUAGUGGCUGUGCUGGCUGGAGCUCUGCAGCUUACCCAGAGCAGGGUUCUGUGCUGUCUUCCAUGCAAGGUGGAGUUUGACAAUCACUGUGCUGUGCCUUGGGAUCUCCUGAAAGCCAGCAGGAACAUGUCCUCUAACACGGCCAUGCCGCUGCCACUGCCGCUCCGGAUCCAGAAUGACCUCCAUCGACAGCAGUACUCCUAUAUCGAUGCUGUCUGUUAUGAGAGACAGCUCCACUGGUUUGCCAAGUUUUUCCCCUACCUGGUGCUUCUGCACACGCUUAUCUUUGCAGCCUGCAGCAACUUCUGGCUUCACUACCCCAGCACCAGCUCCAGGCUGGAGCAUUUUGUGGCCAUACUUCAGAAGUGCUUCGAUUCUCCGUGGACCACACGGGCCCUGUCAGAAACAGUGGCCGAGCAGUCAGUGAGGCCCCUGAAACCCUCUAAGUCCAAAACAUUGCUAUCAACCUCGUGUUCUGCCGACACUGAUGCCAACAAGCAGGCAUUGCCCUACCCACAGCCAGGCUUGGAGUCUCCUGGCAUAGAAAGCCCCACUUCUAGUGUCCUGGACAAGAAGGAGGGUGAGCAGGCCAAAGCCAUCUUUGAGAAAGUAAAAAGGUUCCGCCUGCAUGUAGAACAAAGGGACAUUAUUUAUCGGGUGUACCUGAGGCAGAUAAUAGUCAAAGUCAUUUUUUUUGUCCUCAUCAUAACUUAUGUCCCCUAUUUUUUAAGCUACAUAACUCUGGAAAUUGACUGCUUGAUUGAUGUACAGGCAUUCACAGGCUACAAGCGCUACCAGUGUGUCUACACCUUGGCAGAAAUCUUUAAGGUCCUGGCAUCCUUUUAUGUCGUGUUGGUGAUACUUUACGGCCUCACCUCUUCCUAUAGCCUGUGGUGGAUGCUGAGGAGUUCCUUGAAGCAGUACUCCUUUGAGGCUCUCAGAGAGAAAAGCAACUAUAGCGACAUCCCCGACGUCAAGAAUGAUUUUGCCUUCAUCCUCCAUCUGGCCGACCAGUACGACCCCCUGUAUUCCAAGCGCUUCUCCAUCUUCCUGUCAGAGGUGAGUGAGAACAAACUGAAGCAGAUCAACCUCAACAAUGAGUGGACUGUCGAGAAACUGAAAAGCAAGCUUGUGAGGAACUCCCAGGACAAGGUAGAGCUGCACCUGUUCAUGCUCAGCGGUCUCCCGGAUAAUAUCUUUGAGUUGACAGAGGUGGAAGUGCUGAGCCUGGAGCUCAUCCCUGAGGUCAAGCUGCCUGCCUCCAUCUCUCAGCUUGUCAACCUCAAGGAGCUUCAUGUGUACCAUUCAUCUCUGGUAGUGGACCAUCCUGCCCUGGCCUUUCUAGAGGGGAACUUAAAGACCCUCCGCCUAAAGUUUACUGAAAUGGGAAAGAUCCCGCGCUGGGUGUUCUACCUGAAGAACCUCAAGGAACUAUACCUAUCAGGCUGUGUUCUCCCUGAGCAGCUGGGCACCACGCAGAUGGAGGGCUUUCAAGACUUGAAGAACCUGACGACCCUCUACUUGAAGAGCAACCUGUCCCGGAUCCCCCAGGUGGUGACGGACCUGCUUCCCUCCUUACAGAAGCUGUCCUUGGAUAAUGAGGGAAGCAAACUGGUUGUGCUGAACAAUUUGAAAAAAAUGAUCAACCUGAAAAGCCUGGAGCUUCUCAGCUGUGAUCUGGAACGCAUCCCACACUCCAUCUUCAGUCUGAACAACCUGCAUGAGCUGGAUCUGAAGGAAAAUAACCUAAAAACGGUGGAGGAGAUCAUCAGCUUCCAGCACCUUCCGAGCCUUUCCUGCUUGAAGCUUUGGCACAACAACAUCGCUUACAUCCCUGCCCAGAUUGGAACGCUGUCCAACCUAGAGCAGCUCUUCCUGAGCCACAAUAACAUUGAGAGUCUGCCCUUGCAGCUCUUCCUAUGCACCAAGCUACACUACCUGGAUCUGAGUGAUAACCAUCUGACCUUCAUUCCAGAUGAGAUCCAGUACCUGACCAAUCUGCAGUACUUCGCCGUGACCAACAACAACAUCGAGAUGCUGCCAGACGGGCUGUUCCAGUGCAAGAAGCUUCAGUGUCUGCUUUUGGGAAAAAACAGCCUAACAUAUCUGUCCCCUCUGGUGGGGGAGCUGUCAAACCUCACCCACCUGGAACUCACUGGGAAUUACCUGGAGACACUGCCUCCAGAGCUGGAAGGGUGUCAGGCCCUGAAACGGAGCUGUCUGAUUGUUGAGGACAGUUUGCUCAAUACUCUUCCGCUGCCUGUGACAGAACGUUUGCAGACGUGCUUAGACAAAUGUUGACCUAGAGAUUAGACCCAGCAAAAGCGUUUGAAAGCAGGGUCCCGGGGCUUAAAGGAGAAAGAAUUUUCCUAAGUUAUGUAGAUGAAAAAUGGCUGAUAGUUAUGACACACAGUAACCAAAAAUCUGAGUAACCCAUUGUCUAAAUCAAGUAGGAAAAAGAUGUCAGUGCUGGGGUUUUGUGAAUAGCUGAUCUUUAAAUUAUUGACAUAUUGUAAAAGAAAGAAAAAGUAUGCAUUGAGGUGGAUAGAGAGCUGUGCAAUUAUGGAAACUUUACCUUUCAAGUUUUAUCUUCAGAACUGUGUAUUUUUCCUCUCCUUUUAGCCCAUUACUUAUUUGCACAGUGUUUUCCUGUCACUUUCUAAUUUGACAGUGAUCACCAAACCCAUGAGGACUUGUCAGCAUAAAUGCCUUCGGUCAUGUUCACCAUUGGCUUUGAUUGAUAGUCUCCCAGUUUUAAAGCAGGGUGUGUUGUGCUUGGCUCACUUCCCACUUUCUUUCUCAUUUUGCUGGACUCUUCAUCUGGUUUUCUCUGAGCAACAUCGAACACCCCUGGGAGAAUACUAACAUUUGGCAUUUGCUGAGAUUAGGAGCCAGAGUUCCUAAAAAUAUGUAUUCUCCAAGUUGUCUCCUUGUCUGUGAUCAAAGCCUUUUAAAAUACAUUAAGAAUUUUUAUAUGAAAUAUAAAAUAUUUUCUACUGUAUGAUCUCCGAUUCUACAUCUCUGAGAACACUUUGUAAGGUACAGUGAACAUGUGUAUCUCUCAGAAUUUACUAAUUCUCUUUUUGGGCUGAUAAUGAUUCUCAUGUUUGUAUGAGUUCUGCUCCAAAAAGUUUUUGUAUUCUGAAACUAAUUACUCUGGAUGACAAAAAACCUUGUGUUUUUUCCCUAAAGCCUUUGAGGGGUUUCUAUGUGGGAGGACAGCCGCACCAUCUACCUCUCCUUGCUGUCGUGCAGCUAUAUGAGUACACUCCUCAAUUACUGACAGACUGUGAUGAAGAGGAGAGGGCAAGAUCUAGACUGGAAAAUACUCUGUAGAAACUUAGCAUUAAAUAAAAAUGUGGGUUGUCCCUCCAUCUACAUGAUUUCUUGGUAUGAUUUUGAUGGUAGCUGUCUGUCCCCAUCUAACUGACACCCAUAUAUGCCUUUUAACUCCUGGGAUAUAUCUUGCUCCUUUUGACAGAAAGCUUUGUGUUUGGCUCUUUAUUAUCAUGCAUACCACUGAAUAAAUAAAAUGGACUGGCUCACUCUGGGGAAAUGAACAUCAGUAGUGUGCUUUUCUCUGUUGGGUCUGGCAUUAUGAACCCACCUCUUUUUAGACAUUAACUGUCUAGUAACCUAUUAACUGCAUCUAUACAAAACUGGAAAACACUAUGUCAAGAAUCUUCUAAAUAGAACUGUGGUGUGGAAUGUGGUGAGUAGGUUUUCUUUGAUUUGUUCUAGGAAGAUGAAAGUGAGUCUUUGAAGUAUAAGAAAUGCUUCUUCUCCUAGCUACCACAUAUGCCUGGUGAUCAGAGAAAAGAAUUACACAGAGGAAACUGGAGUAUUACAAAGAGUAUAUAGAAGGCCCAAAAGUUGCCUAAAGCACUAUGGAUGGCAAGGAACAAAUUAAAAAUAGACAUCUUGACAAAACUUGCCCUUAUUAGAACGUCCAAGUUCUCAGGGAACCAGGCAUGACCAGGGCAGCUAUCUCUGGGACCUCACAGACGGGUCCUGGUAUAGCCACGGUCGUCUUAUUUUUACUUUUGUAAAAAUGUGAGUUGAUGUUUUCAGUAGAAUCAUCACGUGGACCAAUUCAAAAGUUGGCUGGGAUCUCUUGAAGUUUUGAGUAUCAAUGAUUUAUGUGAAGGAGGUUUCAAUAUUAUCAACCAUGCUUCAUAGGAAAAAAAAAAUCCCACCCUUUUUUGUGGGAAAGAAAUUCAAAACACAGUUCAGCUGUUCUAGCCUUCACCUAACAAAAGAGUACUUCCCCAUGACUUGUUUUCCAGUGCAAGCAUCCUUGGCUGAUUCUCCUACCCCCUUGAAGCAAUUCCCAGGAAGGAUCAGCCAUGAGGUGUAAGCCUCUUUCCCCACACUAGGCUGUUUUACUGCUGGAAACCAUGUAGCUCUUGAUACCACAGUUCUGAGAUGUCUUUUGUAUCUACUGCUUAUGCAGCGAUGUUGAGGUAGCUGUCCAAGCUAACUAACACUAAGGCACUGGGUAAUACAAUACCAACUGCCUAUUGGAGACCUGUGUUAGCACUGGCUUCUCUGCCUGUGUUAGUCACCUAAUACCUAAGAGAAUCUUACAGGAAGAAAAUGAAAUCUUCCAAAUUAUCAUAAGACUUCCCAAAAACCAAGCAUAAAGGAUAAAAAGCCAAAUUUAGGCAUAUGCUACAAUGUUAUUUGCAUAACAUUUGCAUCUAACUACAAAUAAGGAGACACAUAUGUCUAAUGUUUGUAGGUUUCAUUUAGGUUAGUCUAAGAAUAGCAACUUUUUAAAAAUUAAUUACUUUUAAUCAUAAGGUAUUCAAUUUCCUUAGUUUGAAAAAGCACCAUGUUUCCCUCAUUGACCUCAAGGUGGAUCUCUGUGACAAUAUUGAUGCUGCAUUUUCAUUUUUAAUUGCCUGUUUAUCACCGUGUUUCUCUGUUACUAAUAAACAGGUUGAAAAAGGGUACCUGAAAUCCUUAGGGUCUCAGUGAUGUGGAAGCUCAAAUUUGUCUGCUGCAGUAUGCUAAAGCGGCUUAGGUAGACAAUGUUAUUCCUUAAUCGUGAAAUGGUUCUGCUCAUGUUUCAUAAUUUGGAUGUCAUGUUUGAUUUAAAUAUUGUAUUAAUAUUGAUGGGUUCAUUAAAAUAGCCAAAUACUUACUUAUCUGUAGACUAGACAUUAUUUCCUUAUACUUUCAAUACAGCAUCUUUAUGUUCAAGUAGUGCUGGUCCAUUCACAUUGGGUGUAUUCACCCUCACCCACCUCACUAAAUCUGACCAGCAUGGGAUAGUAGCAGUGUAUUUGUGCUAUAGCAUUUGCAGUGACACCACACACGCUCAGUCCUUCAUUCCUGCUUUAAGACUCCAACUUCCUGUUCCCUUCCUUUUCAGUGACUGCAUAUUACAUUAGCAUCUGUAUUACUUCCUGGAAAAUAAAGGAGUCUAAUUAGAGAGAGAAAGAAAGACUUAAUAUGCAUCCUGUAGGAAAAAAUACAUAUAUUUAGACAGUGUAAACAAGCAACUACUGCAGAAGGUCCUGGGUGUAAUUGUUUCUGUCUGUACCUGUGUGGUGUGCUGAAGCAGUAUAAAGUGCAGAACGGCUCCCCUCCAGUCUCUUGCCCUCAGCAGCAUCUACAUCCAGUGACAGGUGUCUACUAGGUACCUUUUGCAAUGGACUUCUUGAGUAUAUUCUCUUUAUCUUUAAAAAAUUAUGCACAAUUUCAUCAAGAUGGAAGUAUUAACGCAGAUUAUAUGAGCCAAAAUACUGAGUUGAGAUGGCUUCCGGUCGAACUUAAUUUCACACUUUCAAGUUUUAAAUUUAACACAAAAUACAUCAUAGCUGAGAAAAACAACCCCGAAUGCCUUCUGCAUGUUCAUUAUUUCUUACAGACAUGGUGCAAUUUUAAAAAUACGAAAGUAUAGAGUUAGAAUGGGUGUGUCUGUGCUUCUAUCUGUCAUGUGUCAGUCUUAAUAACAUUGUAUAGUAAGACUAAAAUUCUACCUUUCAUUCUAAGUAAAAUAAUGGGCCAACCUUGAAUGGAGACAAUUUCUUUUGGCGUCCAGUGAAGGCUAGCAUUUGUUACUUUAUCUUUAUGGAAUAUUUGGAAAAGUGUAUAUGGGUUUUGCUUCUGGAAAAUGAAGCAAAUUGUUCAAUGUUUUGGGCCCCUGGAUUUAAAUCCCUACAUUCUGUAGACUUGGGUAAAAUCUGCUGUUUAUAAAGUAUCAUUUCUGUAAAAAGAUUAGAUUUUUUUAUAAUAAAUGUUAAAUGAGGUGAAUCACGGGAAACUAA